UAAAACGCGCGAGGCUCUGCCGGUCCGACAUUGGAGUCACAUCUCCACAGUAGCUUUUGAACAUUGCCUACAUACGGAUUUCCAGUUCCUUGGUUGUUGAAAAUAGCUUGGCUGCUCCCUGCCGCUAUGGCUAAUUCCUUAGGAACCGGUGGAUCCAGUUUGAUCCAUCCCUCUCUUUCUUUCCUUCACCAACUUGUUGAGUCUUCCCCCUCAGUGUUCCUACCGUCAAAGUGCGCUGUGUGCGGCUCAGCUAAUAAUUGUGUGACUUGAAAUGUCGCAAGUUUGAAUCGAGUGAGUGUAGAGCUCGAUGGGACGGUGUCGGUGUCGACUUUAAAGUGGAAAACUCGACGGGACGCGCGCAGAAGAGGCUUUGACGCAGCACCAGUCACCUGGAGGUGGAGACAAUUUACCACCCCCUCUCUCCGUCUUAGACUGAAAUUACCAACUCAUUUUGCACAGGGGAGACGUUUGAAGCACUCCCUGCAGCACUUGAAAUGGAGACUCCCGAUGGCUACUCUGCUAGUUGAACUUCUUCAGCUGCCACAGAAAGUACCUCCUCAGCUGUGCCUUCUUGGUGAGGGAGCUGAUCUUCAGGUAACGGCCAGUGCUCUCCUGCUAAGGAGAACUCGAGAAUGUUGGUGGAUAUGACAACACCCAAUGGACAGACAGUUCCUCAGGGUCCUAAUUCCCCCAGUGAAGUGACAAUUAAGCAAGAGGAAGAAACAGCGGAGGAGGCUGACAACAGAAGCCCAGCACUUGAAGAAAUAAGCCAAACAGGGGAGGAAGGAGUAGCAUUGGAGGAAUCCAUGACUGGCAGCCCAAGCAAUGUACAGGAUGGAUUAUCUGGACCAAACGUGACAGCUGACGCAGAAAGUCGACAACCAAAUGGUGACAGGCCGUUCCAGUGCAACCAGUGUGGCGUCUCGUUCACCCAGAAGGGAAACCUGCUGCGACACAUCAAGCUGCACACAGGUGAAAAACCCUUCAAAUGCCCCUUCUGCAGCUACGCCUGCCGACGGCGCGAUGCCCUCUCCGGUCAUUUGCGCACUCAUGCUGUUGGCAAACCACACAAGUGUAACUACUGCGGGCGGAGCUACAAACAGCGCACUUCUCUGGAGGAACAUAAAGAGCGCUGCCAUAGUUACCUGCAGGGUAUCAGCUUGGAUCCGACUGUCAAUACUGGCCCUUACACAGGUGAGGUUCCUAAAGAGCCGAGGCCCAUUGCAGAGACCAACACCAUGGCCACCUUUGAUCGGCCUCCUGUUAUUGAAAGGCUGCAUAACAACGUGGGCAAGAGGAAGAGUACCACGCCUCAGAAAUUUGUGGGUGAAAAGAUGCUACGCUACAGCUACCCUGAAGUAGGUUAUGAGAUGGGCCUUAAGUAUGAGAAGCAGACUGAACUGAUGCCGGCCCACAUGAUGGACCAGGCCAUAAGCAAUGCCAUCACGUACCUGGGAUCCGACACCCUUCGGCCCAUGCUCCACCAUCCAGGUCCCCCUCUCUCUAUGGCUGAGGUGGCGCCCAUGGUCAACCCCCUCUUUCACCAUGUCCUGCCACUGAGCCAACGAACAGAGCGUCCAGGAAACUGUGACACGCUGCAACCUCAGCCCCAUGGCUUCCCCAGUCAUCCCACCACAAAUGGCCCCACUGCUUUAACCAGGCAGGGCAAGCCACCCCAGAAAGAGGAAUCUCCCAACAACAGUGGAGUUGACUCUGCUGACUCAUCUCGCAGCAGCCCUCAAGAGAGGCAGGGCUACCACGGGAGCAACCCCUAUCCCGGCUUCAGGUCUCGAGCCAGUCCAGCGGUGGUCUAUUCAGGUGAGCGGCUGGCAGAAGCUUCACCCAGAAGUGGGGCAGGAAUGGGGACUGGGAUAAUGCGAGUGAGCACAGAGAGGCCUAUGAGCCAGGAAGGGGUGCGGGUGUUUGGACGAGAGGGCCAGGAGUUGCGGGCCUUCCAGUGCGAGCACUGUCGGGUGCUCUUCCUGGACCAUGUCAUGUAUACCAUCCACAUGGGUUGCCAUGGAUACAGAGAUCCACUGGAGUGCAACAUCUGUGGUCACCGCAGCAAAGACCGCUAUGAGUUCUCUUCUCACAUAGUCCGUGGUGAACACACCUUCCAGUAAAAGGAUGGGCAGGAAUUAAGGGAAAGACUUAGAAGGGAAAGGAGCAAUAGCCUGAUAUCCGUCCUUAUCCCCAGAACUCUAAGACUGCACAGCUGAAUGGCACUGUAGACAAGUGUAGCACAAUCAUAGCAUAGACUUCUUUUAAGCUACUUAUUGUGAAUCUGAACAGCUGAACAAUUAUAUGAAGGUAUGGGCCAAAGACACAUUUUCUACAUAUUUAAUUAAGAUUAAUGUAGAGGAAGGAAGGUAAGUUUUUUUUUUUUUUCUCUCAAAAUGUUCAUGAACUGUAUAACAGAGCAGCUGUCAGACGACUUGGACUGGUUUUUCAUUUUAGUCUUAUUUGGAAAUGUCUCUUUUUGUGCUUGUCCCUUCAUCAUGCUUUUGUUACAGAAAAAAGUUUUUCACUUCUAAGAAGUAAUGAAUGCAUACAAAUAUUAGAACAUGUUUCUGCCUUGUGGGCUAAAUGCACUGGAUCAAAUUAAAACAAGUUUCAAUUCAACCAGAAAGAAUGCAUUGAUUAACACGGAUGACAGAGGUAAAUACUUCAGGUAGUCUCUAAUUAAUUUCUUCCUUUUUUUAUGACAUUGUCAUGGCCCAUAAUGCUAAUUGUUUUUCCAGUGAUCAAUGGUGUAAUACACAUAAUGGUAUGGUCAUCUAGUGCUGUGUGUUCUAGCUGCAAGCAACUUGGUGUCCAUUUGGACUUGAUUGCUAGUGGUGUGGUUGUCUCUGACUGUAUCUAUCUGCAGCUGUAGGAAUUUGAACAGCCGUGCCAUCAUCUUCAGUAUUUUGCAUAAUUUAAGUAAAUUAGCCAAUGAUAGUGGUGCUAGCUAGCUAACUAAGGUUAUAUUUCCAAUUACAAAUCAUGCGUGUUUUAGACUAUCAAUUGCUCAGUUUUUACUUACACCACCGACAUUUUUUCAACUAUCAGUGGCUAGUAAAGCACUAGCGUACCGCUACUAGACAAAAAAACGAACUCCAACUUCCUGUUGCUGGCUUGUUUAUUUUGUAAUUUUAAAACAGGUCCUGUUAAAAAAGAGGAAAACCAUUUUGAAAAAUAUAGCCAUUUGACAUUUGAUUAUUCUAAAACACUGAUCACUGAAAAUCACAAAUAUUUUGACAUUUGUAUUCACAAGAAGCAUUUCCAGUGCAAAGGUUCUUAGGUUAAUGAAUUUCAAGUUUUAAAUAUAAUGAAUUUGGAGUUCAUUAAUAAUAAAAUUAUAACAUAUACACUUUAAAUUCUCAUAUACAUUUGUAAAUAUUUUUAUUUCUAUCUCAUGAAUCUGCAUUUGUUACUUGUAUUGGGACUUAUGUAACUCCUACUCAACUAGUAAUCAGUCUCUAUUCAGUUUGCACUUACAAGGUAGAAGUAGUGAUCAUGAAUUAAAAUCACAAUGAAAGGACAAUAAGGAAGUACAUGAAGUCAGCCCUGUGACCUUACAAAGUUCAUGUUUUCUCAUCUUUUUCUUUUAUAAGGUGUCAAGCUAAUGCAUUCUUCACACAAAUAACUGGCCAUUUGUUUGUUUUCCUGGUGUCUCAUGUAGAAAAUUAUUAGAUCCUGGUGACUCAUGGGUUGUGUUGCUUGCAGUUUGAGCAUACGGUUAAAUUCCUGAACUUCGAGUAUCAUUGUUUGUUUGAAACUGGCAGACUCACACAUUGACACCAUAAAAUGGCAGAGAGUGGUAGAGUAACUCUUUUCAUUUUGAUACCAAAGGGAUAAUGGAGGUUAAAGGUACUACUAAAGCUAAGAGGGUUACUUUUCUCUGAUGUACCUCCCGUCAUGCUUUAGGCCUUUCUUUUUGAUCUAAUCCACUUUGUGAUUUAGGCUGGGUGGCUGUGUGUGUAUAUAGGAGUGGGUUUUUUUCGGUGCUUGAGGUAUGGGGAGUAGGGUCUGCAUUAUUGGUGCUGUUUUCUAGCACAGUAAAUACAUGCUUAAAUGUCUGGUUUCAAUGCCAUCUUUCAUCUUAUUUGUAAGUCAUGACAACUACAGGGAAACAUCACAGACUCUGCACAAAAAGCCCUUUUUGAGGUGCUUUGUCCUUGGCACCUUAAAUUUUUGCAUAGUGCAGCUUGACUUGUGACUGAACGCCUAAAAUUGUAUUGAUUUCCUACUGUAGUAUCAAUCCGAUCCUCACCAACCCCAUCUCAAGCACAAGCACACAUACACACUACUCUCUAAAUCUCGCUCUUUGCAUUGCCAUAAUGUGGCCACAUUCAUGUAUGACCUUAGAGGGGCUCGAGAACAAGACAGCAUGAGCAAGAGGAAAAGUGAAAGAAGGAGUGUGGUGACCACAUAGUACUAAUCUGAAGGCACUUCCCAAAACUGUAGCAUUCCAAGUCACCUCUGUAAACCUGCUCUAACAUUAACAACUCAUGUAUGUAAAGUGUAAAUGGCGAGUAGGAGAUAAGCCACUUUCCACCUCCAAAUCUCUUGUCCAUCAUCUACAGUAUGUUGAAGCAUAACAGAUUCGAUCAAUAAGGCUAUUUGCAGCUCUUUCAGUUACUGUCUCUCCCUGUGAAAGCACACCGCUAAGACUGUGCAUUGUACAGUUGGCCCUGCACUUUAUGUCCAUACCCUGACUAUAGGCAGCAAUGAUUUUUUUGUUUAGUUUUUUCUAGUUGUUAAAGUGUAGGUAGAGUAGAACACAACCAUUGACAGAACACAGGUUAGUCUUUUCUCUGAAAGAACAAUCUUGGAGAUGCACAUUGGAAAGUAAGACUCAAUGUAGAUUUGCUGUGCUGUCAUGUUCUUUUUAUUGUAACAGUACUCACAAGAAGUUUGGCAUUACUAGUUUCACACUGGUCAGCAUCACACACAGUUGAUUAUUCUCUAAGGUUAAACUCAGUGAUUAACUUAUUUAUGUUCAGUGUCUACUUGUGAUCAAAAGGCAGCUUUUUCUCUGUUUACAUAUUGCUUCUUGUAUGUGCAGCUGGUGCCCAGCUAGCAUAAAAACUUGUCUGUAAAGUAUUGGCGCUGGAAAUUGUUUACACCUCACAGCUGUGAUACUGACUCUAUACAUUCCUCUAUUAUAUUAUUCCUGUAUAUAUUCAUUAUCUGAAGCCUUAUUUGUUAAGACAGGGGUCAUCCUAAAACAACAUAUCCUUUUAAUAAUCCUAUGAUAAAAAAUAAGUUAAUGCUACCCUGAUUUUUCUUUCUUAAUCCCCUUCAGAAGGAAUACAAAUAAACUGACCAGAACAAAAUCAAAUUGAACUGGGUAUAAUAUAUGACAGGAUGUUCAAAUGAAAUGUUAUUUUCUUAGUUUUCACUUGUUCUCCAGGAUAUAUUUGGUAGGACUUUGUGGCAAAGGCAUAGUUUUUAAUGUUCACAUACUAAUAUUGUAAUAAGGACAGCCUUACUAAUUCUUUAAAUGACGCAGCCAUAUGAACAAAAAGAAAAGAAAAGAAGGUCUUCUGUCAGCCUUCCUUGUGAGAGAGGAGUUUACUUGAAAAUCAAAAUUAUUGCUAUAGUUUCAGAUUGUGGGGAUGUUUUUGUAAAUUUUGAAAAUGUGUGUGCUAAAUGUCUAUUUUUCUGCUGAAAUAGUUUUGUGAACUUUGUUUUUUAAGUUUAAAAAUGUUUACAAAAAAGUAAAAGACUGGGUUCAGGUUCAUUGUAUUUUUUACAAAAUAAUAUAUGAAAGGUGUAUAUUUUGGCAUUGAAUAUUGAAAUUAUCCAGAAAUGUGUCCCGAAUGAUCAUCUCUGAUACUGAUAACAACUUUCUGAUGUGAGGGCUCUCAGGUAUUUGCAAUGGUUGUGUAUUUUUAUGUCCUAAAAUAUGUGAUUUAUUUAUCAAAAAAGAUGCACAGUAAUUGAAAUUCUUUGGUAAUUUCUCAUGACUUAAAUCAGUCCAAUACUGAAUGUGGUGAAGGAAGUUGGAGGUUUGUUCAGCCCUGUUUUCGACAUAAGUUACAUUACAUGAAGACACACUGCUGUGAAGAAUACAAUGUAUAUUUUUAAGGCAUGGGUUUCUCUCUAUUAAAGAAAUAAUUUUA